CACUAGCUCCUAUCACAUCGUGGGAGAGUCGUUGCUAAGGAAGUGAAGCUCCUGACUACCAGGAUAGUAAACAAUGAGCGUUUGUAAACCACAAGAUUAAACAUUUCCUUUAAAUAAUAUCUUUUCACUAAUUUCGAAUCGAUUUACUGGUUGUUAAACGGACUUGGUGUAGGUCCUUAUUUUGGUGUCUCCUGAAAUACAUCUAAUGAUGCAAUCCUGAUAAUUCUGUAGAGUGGAGCUCAUCGUAUGGCCGAGCUACAUAUUAUCGGGCAGAUCAUUGGGGCCAGCGGUUUCCCUCAGAGCAGUCUGUUCUGCAAGUGGGGUGUUCACACAGGCGGAGCAUGGAGACUUUUGUCUGGCCUAAAGGAGGGACAGACACAAGUGGAUAUACCGCAGAUUGGUGAAAUGGCUUACUGGAGUCAUCCUAUUGAUUUACAUUACUCCACUAAAGGCCUUCAAGGUUGGCCAAAACUUCAUUUACAGGUCUGGCAUCAGGACUCCUUUGGCAGAUGUCAGCUGUACGGUUAUGGCUACUGCCAUGUGCCCUCCAGCCCCGGGCAGCACCGGCUGCAGUGUGUGACAUGGAGGCCAGUGGGCACCUGGCAGGAACAGCUGGCUCAGAUGUUUGUAGGUGGAGGCCUUCAGCUUCGCUCUCCAGACCUCAUUUACAGUGGAGCAGAUAGAUACAGGCUUCAUACAGAGGCUAUGGGCACAGUAGAACUGGAAUUGUGUGUCAUUCAGCGGCAUUUUGAGCGAUAUGGCGUAGAGACAUGACAGACUUGAGGUUAAGAUUUGCAGAUAGUAACAUCUAAUGAGAUAUAUUAUGGAGGUGAACAAAUCAUAAAUUUAUUAUGUCAAGUCAGAGGUACUUCUGGAAAGGUCAUCUUCUGACAGCAGAUCACUCAACUAAACUGCAAUGCAUCAGGCGGUGGGAUUUUGAAGGAUUAGAGUAUGCUAUAGCAUGGAGAUGCACCGGCUUACUGUGGAGCACAUUACAUUUAAAUAUCGCUACAUAUCAAAUUAAAAUUUGUCUUUUUGUAAAAGUCUAUAAAUUACUACACCAAGUUAGUACAGAUGUUUUGUGAAAAGUAAAGAGUAUUUUUCUGUAUGCUGGGCAACUACAAAUAAAAAACUAAGUGCUUGUCCUAGGCAUCUGGGCUACCUCUUAGCCCACCUCUGCAUUUUAUUUACACUUACAGUCGUGAAUUUGAGACGUUUUUCUAUUCAGAGAUGUCAAAGUGUCAGCUAAUCUCUGGCUUACGAGAUAUGUUUUGAUACAGUGAGAAUUUACAUGACCUCUAUGUUUUCAUCAAUUUUGUACUCAUUUUUUACUUUAUUGUACUUUCUGUUGUAUUUACAAUGAAUAAAAUGUUUAUUGCUUAA